UGUUAGGGCAAGCAAAUGCAUGUCAGCUGAGUGAAAAGGGUGCUUUGAAGUGAUUCAGCACUGAACUUGACCUAAUUAAGGGUGGGUGCAGUAAAGAAAGCUCAGUGGAUAUGGACAAUGCCCUCUGUUAUCCAGUGGAGCUGAUCAACUGCUGGAGUGGACUCUGACCUACCCAGAAGCCACAAGUGAUUCUCAUCAGUGUGUGCAUGUUAAAACAGCCAAAGGAGGUCUGUCGCUAACCUCUAUGUAAGAUGACAGCAAGUCAUAUUCAGCGCCUCCAGGGACUGAAGAAGCUUGCAUGACCCACAGCAGAGGAGGAACCAUUUGGGAAGGCGGCUACUUCUUCUGCAAACUUACUUCAGACUGAUCCGGCUGCACCAUGGCCCUGCUCGUCCACAUGCUGGCCUGUGCCUUUGGCCUGGGCUCGUGGGUGGCAGUGAACGGUCUGUGGGUGGAGCUGCCGCUCAUCGUCAACACUCUCCCAGAGGAAUGGGAUCUCCCCUCCUACCUGACAGUCAUCAUCCAGCUGGCCAACCUGGGACCUCUGCUGGUCACCCUCAUGUACAAACUGUGCCCGGGUCGUCUCAAAGAGCGCAUUGUCAUUUACUUCAUCCUCUCCAUCGGCAUCCUCUCCUGCAUCCUGCUUGCCUUAUUCUGGGACAAGACUACGACAGUGGCCGGGGCGUCACAUAGCACCGCCUUCUUCAUCAUCACCUUCUUCCUCUCUCUGGUGGAUUGCACCUCCUCAGUUACCUUCCUGCCUUUCAUGAUGCAGCUUCCAGCAAAAUACAUCACCACAUACUUUAUCGGAGAGGGGCUAAGUGGUUUCAUUCCUGGCAUAGUCGCUCUGGGACAAAGUGUGGGCAUCACCAAAUGUGUCAACGCCUCUCAAACAGCAGGAAACCAGACAGGCGGGGACACGUGGUCAUUACAUACAGAGAAUCUUCCUCCAAAUUUUUCCACCGAGGUGUUUUUCUUCCUCCUAGCAGCCAUGAUGUGCAUAAGUCUGGCUGCUUUUGUUGCACUGAACAGGCUUCCUCGGACAUUCGAGCUGUCCAGUGAAAACCUCGUGCCAGACACCGUUGCCUCUGUCAGCUCCGGCCUGGAGAACCCGGGAGCAGAGACUGAUGGAGAGGGUGUAAAAUGCCAGGGUGAGGGGGCAGCCCAGAGCAAGCUUCUGCUGGCUGGCCCAAAACACUCUGUGUACCAGCUGACCUUCAUCUACUUUAUGGUGGUGUGGGUUAAUGGUGCAACCAACGGCGUGCUGCCCUCUGUGCAGACGUACUCCUGUAAGCCCUACGGGAACCUGGCCUAUCACCUCUCUGCUGUUCUGGCAGCAGUGGCCAACCCAGUGGCUUGCACCAUUGCAAUGUUCUUCAAAAACAGGUCACUGGUGUUUCUUGGCGUGCUGACAGCAUUGGGGACAGGAUUUGGCAGCUAUAACAUGGCUAUGGCAGCUAUGAGUCCAUGUCCUUUGCUUCAGGGGUCUGUGGUGGGAGAGAUGAUCAUUGUGCUCUCAUGGCUUUUCUUCACUGGAACGCUGUCUUAUGUCAAAGUAAUGGUGGGUGUCAUCCUGAGAGACCGGAGCCACAGCGCCCUGGUCUGGUGCGGAGCUGCAGCACAGAUCGGCUCGCUAGUCGGCUCGGUCACGAUGUUCCCGCUGGUUAACAUCUACCGGCUCUUUAAGUCAGGGGACUUCUGCAGCACUAAAUGUCCUUUAUAACACUGAAUCUGAGAAGUGUAGUACUGAGGAGGCUGGAGACACUCUCAGCUUUGUCAUUUUUUUCACCUUCUUUGCACUUAACUGUGUUAACUUGUGUUAAACUCAUUUGAUACACUAUGAUGGAAAAAGCUAUUAACUUGUAUAAAUAUUAAAAUUUAAAAAGUUCAACACUGGA